AUGGUAAAUAAUAUACGUUAUCAAAUUAAAAUAUUAAUCCAAGGCUCAUAAGAGAAGUAACUAAAGUAAUGUAAGAAAUGUAUUUAUUUAUUUUAAUACAAAGCAAACUUCCUUAGAAAGUACUCUUAUAUAGGAACCAACAACUAAGAGAUAAAAAUAGCAAGUAAAAAAAUAUUAUUAUUAAAUUAAAAACAGAUAAAGACUAUCUUAAAUUAAUAUUUUUAGUUAAAAAAAUUAGAGAUAAGCAUAUUAAAGAUAGUACUAUUCCAAUUACUUGAAAGGAAAAUAAUAACUUAGAGGACUCCUUAAACUGCUGAAAAAGUAAUUUUAAAGCUAUAAAGUACUAGCUUCCUUAUACUUUUCUGUGUAUUUCUUAUGCUUAUUUUUGUAAAUUAUGAGCAUUUCUAUGUGCUUCUGACUAACCCAAAAGAUUAAAUUAUAUAAUUUUUUAGUAAAUAUUCUUCUAUAUUGAUUCUUGGGAAACCAAAUUUACUUUUAGUUUCUAUUCACUUUAUUAAGUUUUGUUUCUCUUAUUAGAAAGCAAUAAUUUCUUAGGAACUUUUAUGUCACUUAGCAAAAUUAUUUAUUAAUAAUAAUGAAAAAGAUUUUCAUUUUUUUUUUUACUAGGAAAUAAGGUGUAUUAUUAUUUAAAUGCAUACAAGAAUGCUGGCAUUUUUUUAUAAUGCAAAUCUUCUCUUAAAAUGUUAGAAUCGCAGUUAUAUUUAACUUCUGUGUCGUCAGUAAAAGUUUCAAGUAAAGAUUGUUUCAAAUAAAGUCUUUACUUUAGCUUCUAAAUUUCCUAUGAUGAAUUCAAAUCAUCUGAAAAAACUACUAAGCUGUCAUCCAAUUGCGACUAAAAGCUAUCAUAUUCCUUGUUGA